AUGGAAGAAAUAGAUUAAUUUAUACAUGACUUCAAUAACUAAACAAAUAAUUCUUAAAUUUAAACUAACAUCAAUUAAGAUUCACUACUAGUAUAAAAUGUUAGGCUUUUACAACAAUUACAUGAAUAAUAAAAAAUGCUUAAUUUAUAAAGUCUUUUCAAUUAGAACAUUCUUCCCAAUCCUAAUCUCAAUUAAUAAAUCCCUUAAAAUACAAAAAAGAUUAAGAAAAUAAAAUCUACUUUACAACAUAUUCAAUCUAAUACAAGUUUACGAGAUUAACCACCUUAAAUCUAAGAUAUUAAAGGAAGUGUUAAAAAUGCUUACAUUAAGAAAAUAACAUCCUUGUUAAGUGUUGAAGGAGAUAAAUUACUUGAUUAGGGACUACAAGUAGAUUUAUAAGAAGAUAGUUCCUCUGAGGAAAUAUCUAAUAAUAAAAAAACUAGAUUAACAGGGCUUUUAGGUUCAACAAAUGAUUUAAUUUGUGAGGAAUAUAAAAAUUAACGUUUAAGAUAAAGUGCCAAGUAAUCAAGAUAAAGAAAGAAGGUUUAUGUAAAGUUACUUGAAAAAAAAGUAUAAAAUUUUCUAUUUUUAGAUUUCUGAUCUGGAUUAAAAAAUAUAAGAAUACAAAAAAACAACUAAGCAAUCAUUUGAAUAUCUGACUCAGUUAUUGACAUCACAUCCUAUACUUAAUAGCAUGAUUAUUGGAAGUUCUAAAGCUUUUGAUCAAAUUAUGUAAUGCAAUCAAUCUGAAUAAGCAUAAUUACUAAAUGAUUCUUAUAUGGUAAUCUUUAUAAGAAAAUAUAGUGUAGAGGAGAUAUGGUAUUUGUGGCAUUUAAAGAAAACAAUAUAUCAAAUAUGCAAUCUAAAAUAUCUAGAAAAAUUUUUUGAAAGGAAAUUAUGGAUUAUUAUUGAUUAGUACAAAUAAUUAAAUGAAUAAUUGUAAUAUAAAACUUUUUUUAUUAUUUUUAGAUGAUGAAGAAUUCAAUAAUUAUGUUGAGAUUGUUAAGAAAUACACUAAAUUGGAUGAUAAUAAUUUGAUAUACAAGGUACUUCCAAUUAUAGAUAAACUAUUUAACCAUCGUAAAAUGUCAUAAAUGUUUAUUUAAUUAAAAUAUAUAGGUUUUUAUUAUAAUUGAAUAAAUAAAUGAAGAAUUUGAAAUUAAUUUAAUAAGAAAUUGAUGAGACCUUGUGUUAAUUCAUGUAAUCUUUGACAUCGAUGCAAUUGCUGGAAUUUUUUAAAGGUGUAGAGCAAUCACGUAAUUUUAAUAGAUCUUUAUUUUGAUC